AAACGUAAUCUUAAAACCCCGCCUCUUAAAACACUUCAUGGAAACCGAAACCCUAAUGGACGAGUUGCCGGCGGCAACCGCAACAGCGGUGGAGCAGCCGGAAACUCCACUGCAACCCCCUUCAUCGAACGCCGACGACGGUGGAGUGAGUCAAGAAUUUAGAACCCCAGAAGAGUUGGUUGCUAAAUCCAUAGUUCCUGUAAAGAGAGAGUAUCUUCGCCCUCCACCUUCCAGACCUUCUACCAAUAGCAACAACAACAACACUACUGUCGGAGUCGAAGAUGAUGAUGCAGCUGAGGCCAAAAGAGCUCCUCUUCUUAAGGACAAAAAAUCCAAACGCCAAAUUAAGCGUGAACGCCGUGAGGAACAAAAAUCUCCAUUGCAUCUCUGUCCUGAGGUGGCCAAAUCAGGAAAAGUUAGUGCGUGUCCAUAUGGUGAUAAAUGUCGGUUUAGUCAUGAUGUGGAAGCUUUUAAAGCUGUGAAACCAGCUGAUAUAGAGGGUAGCUGCCCGUUUCUGGUUUAUGAAGGGCCAUGUUCUUAUGGAUUGGCUUGUAGGUUUGCAGGGACUCACAGAGACGAUGUUUCAGCUCCAACUGAGAAUUUGCCUGGGAAGAGUUCUGAACUAAAUUUUUUCAAUAAGGACACUCAGAAACUUCUGUGGAAAAAUAAAAUGAAGUUUCCCAAGGCUGAAGCCACUCUCAAACUUCUUGGACUUAAGGGCAAUCCUAAAGAUAAAACAUUGGCUGAUAAUGGGGAAAAUGGCCAAGUCGCACCAAAAGAGCCAGCUACGGACACCAAAACAGACAGCAAUGUAGUUGCUAAUGAUAGUAUCAGUCCUUCCAUUUCACCAGAAGAUAAUGUGGAUGGAAAUAAUUUGGCUGAUGAUGCUAGACCUUUAAAGAAGGCAAAGUCAUCUGUCAAUGAAAUUUGUUCCUCCCAAGUUAGCAGUGGUUUAAGUGUUCAAGGGGGAGUUCCAGACGGCAACUUUGGUGUGAAUAAAUCAGAGCCAACUGCUGAUACGAUGACAGAUUCUGAUAAAAGCCUUAAAUUGCAACCCCGUGAAAAAAAACUUAUUGAUUUUCGAGACAAGCUCUAUCUUGCUCCUUUGACCACAGUUGGGAAUCUGCCUUUUCGUAGAGUUUGCAAGGUGCUAGGAGCUGAUGUAACAUGUGGAGAGAUGGCAAUGUGCACAAAUCUCUUGCAGGGCCAAGCAGCUGAGUGGGCACUGCUGAGACGGCAUUCAUCCGAAAAUUUGUUUGGUGUUCAGAUUUGUGGGUCAUAUCCAGACACUGUUACAAAGACAGUUGAGCUUAUAGAACAAGAAUGCUCUGUGGAUUUCAUUGAUAUUAACAUGGGAUGCCCAAUUGAUGUUGUAGUUAACAAGGGUGCUGGAUCAGCUCUUCUUACAAAACCAAUGCGGAUGAAGAGUGUAGUAGAAGCUGCUUCUUCAACAGUUGGUACACCAGUAACUAUCAAGGUACGAACUGCUUAUUUUGAGGGGAAAAAUCGCAUUGAUUCUCUAAUUGCAGAUAUGGGUAGUUGGGGUGCAACUGCAGUAACCAUACAUGGCCGAUCACGUCAACAGCGCUACAGUAAGCCUGCUGACUGGGAUUACGUGUAUCAAUGCGUGCGAAAGGCUCCCAAGUCAUUACAGGUCCUUGGAAAUGGUGAUGUAUUUUCUUACGUAGACUGGAACAACCACAAAACUGAGUGUCCUGAACUUUCUACAUGUAUGAUUGCUCGAGGUGCAUUAGUAAAGCCUUGGAUAUUUACCGAAAUCAAGGAACAGAGGCACUGGGACAUUACAUCUGGCGAGCGGCUAGAUAUCUUGAAGGAUUAUGCACGGUUUGGCCUUCAACACUGGGGUUCUGAUUCGAAAGGAGUAGAAACAACCAGACACUUUUUGUUGGAGUGGCUUGGCUACACAUGUCGGUACGUUCCAGUUGGCCUGUUAGAUAUUAUCCCACAAAAAAUAAAUUGGCGAUCACCCUCAUACUACGGCAGGGAUGACCUAGAGACACUAAUGGCCUCUGAUUCUGCUGCUGACUGGGUAAGGAUCUCCGAGCUGGUACUCGGGAAGGUUCCUUCUGGCUAUUCGUUUGCACCAAAACACAAGUCCAAUGCUUAUGACAGAGCAGAGAACGGCUAAGACCAUUUUGUUGUUAUUACUGAUGCGUCUGAUUCUAAUUUUUGCUGAGCUCUUAGCGACCUUCCUCCUCCCAUGAUUAGU